ACCUGCGGCCUGAAGGAGCUGUGCGGAGACUCAGCCGUUGCUGAGCGCUCGGAUUCACGCACUGUCACCCGUGAAGCGGAUGGGGAGAGAGGCUCCCGAAAACUGCUGUCUUGGAUGCCGGGUGGGAGUGGAGAAAGCUGGCUCUGGGCAGGCUCUCCUCUGGCUGGACGGUGGCAACACCCCCACCUCUUGCGAGCACGCACGCACCGCCAUCACCACCACCACUUGUUCUCCUUGAGUUUGAAGAGAUAAUCUGUCAUGCUGUCUUGGGCCUGAACUGGAAAGGAAGCCUUUUUUCCAAGUUUUGAAGACCACGGUGCAGAACUAGAAGAGGGCAGUUUCGGCGCCCAGUCUGCAAGCAGAUUGAGUGUUGUUUGCACAUCGGAUCAUGUGCAUUGUUCCUUCGCCACGAGGGCCCAGGGAAUCCUUCCUAUUGGGGAAAAUGUGGAGGAGCAGUUUCAAAGAAUCAGGAAGUCCUGAGGAAUAGGCUUUUCCAGGACCUCAUUCCUUUCCUUUCCUAACCCUGAUCUCCCUGAUGGAAGUAGAAUCAAAGACAAGGAGACAAGCAAAAGGAUCCAAGAGAGUGGUGCUCAGCAUGGCGGGGAUCCCAGGGCUCCUCUUCCUCCUCCUCCUCCUCCUCCUCUUCCUCAGUGUUGUUGGCCAGGCGAGCCCCUCCGGUCCCCACUGGAAACCCACUUGGCCUGCUUACCGCCUCCCUGUCAUCUUGCCCCAGUCCACCCUCUACUUACCUAAGCCCGACUUUGGGGCCAAAGCCAAAUUGGAAGUGUCCUCCUCAUGUGGACCCCAGUGUCAUAAGGGAACUCCACUGCCCACUUAUGAAGAGGUCAAGCAGUACCUGUCUUACGAAACACUCUAUGCCAAUGGCAGCCGCACCGAGACUCAGGUGGGCAUUUAUGUCGUUGGCGGCGGUGGGGCUGAGUCUUCGGGCAAGUCUCGGAGGAAGCGGCAGAUUUACGGCUACGACAGCAGGUUCAGCAUUUUUGGGAAGGACUUCCUGCUCAACUACCCCUUCUCAACGUCGGUCAAGUUAUCGACCGGCUGCACUGGCACCCUGGUGUCCGAAAAGCACGUCCUCACGGCUGCCCACUGCAUACACGAUGGGAAAACCUACGUGAAAGGAACCCAGAAACUCCGAGUGGGCUUCCUGAAGCCCAAGUAUAAGGACGGUGGUCGAGGGGCCAACAACUCCAGCUCCACGGUGCCUGAGAAGAUGAAAUUUCAGUGGAUCCGAGUGAAACGCACCCAUGUGCCCAAAGGCUGGAUCAAGGGCAAUGCCAACGACAUUGGCAUGGAUUACGACUAUGCCCUCCUGGAACUCAAAAAACUUCACAAGAGAAAGUUCAUGAAGAUUGGGGUGAGCCCUCCCGCCAAGCAGCUGCCAGGGGGCAGAAUCCACUUCUCCGGUUACGACAAUGACCGCCCGGGCAAUUUGGUGUACCGUUUCUGUGACGUCAAAGACGAGACCUACGACCUGCUCUACCAGCAGUGCGAUGCCCAGCCCGGGGCCAGCGGGUCCGGGGUCUACGUGAGGAUGUGGAAGAGACAGCAGCAGAAGUGGGAGCGAAAGAUUAUCGGCAUCUUUUCAGGGCACCAGUGGGUGGACAUGAAUGGUUCUCCGCAGGAUUUCAACGUCGCUGUUAGAAUCACUCCUCUCAAAUAUGCCCAGAUUUGCUAUUGGAUUAAAGGCAACUACAUGGACUGUAGAGAGGGGUGACCACAGGGGCCCUUCCCGCUGCACUUAAAGGUCUUCGUGUCCUUAUUUUAGCAGAGGUCAAAUUGUGUCAUUGGAGUGUGUGUGUGUGUGUGUGUGUGUGUGAUGUGUCAUAGCAUCUUUUACCUAAUUUUUUAAAAUUGCAAGAUGACUGGCUUUAUUAUUUGAAAAUGGGUUUGUGUAUCAUAUCAUGUAAGCGGUCCGAAGGCAUCCUUUUGCAUAGAAAGAAAAAGCAUACUGAUGUUUGGGGCAGUCGGGACUCGUUAGCCAUGAAGUUGAUCUUUUACUUUUCGAGAACUAUGAUUUUUAUUUCAUCUGAACGUGUUUCAAAGGUUUAUAUUAAAUAUGUGGCAUACAGGAGAUACAAAUUCUCAUGUGUGUAUAUGUGUGUAUUUCCCCCAAGAGUCCUCUUAUUUUUAUUUUUAAGGCCUAAUCACCAACGUUUUCAGAUUGCGGCGUUCCCCAGCACCUACGACUGUUCAGGACUUUCCACAAUACUUCAGAGACAGGCAGUUACAAUGAUUCAGAUGUGAGACAUUUGCACAGUAGUCCUUGAUCAGCAGAAUAAUUUGUUGACUAUUUUGGUACACAUAUUAAACUAUAUUUUACAGCCAGCCAGUCAGUCCCCAAGCUGUUUUUAGUUUUGAAAUACUUUCCCUUCCCAAGACUGUUGCUCUGCUUCUGGGGAAGACUUUGCAUAUGGUUCUGCCAGCUUCGCCGUCACACCGGCUUCGGCGAGAUUGUUGAUGCCGGCCCUUCCAUUUUGCAGGAUCUCACUCAGGUUUCUUGAACUAGCUGUUUUCCAGGAGACGGUAACCAGGGCCUAAUUAGAACAGGCUGUGGUGCUUCCCAGCUAACAACACGGCCGCACUAAAAACAGUCAUUGCAUUUUACCCCCGGGGGGGUAGCACAUCUCGUGUUUUAUCAUUUGGACGGAGUAAUUGAAAAUGAAUUAAAUUCCAGAAAACAAUGGGCACAUGGCUUGGCCGAUGUCACGACAGAGGAACCGCUAGUUGGCAGCCCGGCACAGUCACGCAGUGUCAUUCGAGUGGCUCUGCGUGGCGUUUGGUGCGCUUUGGGGAGCUGCACGCUUGUGCAGUCAGGACACUUUUGUGCUUUACUUAUUUCAGAGUAAAAAUAUUUAGAAGGUGCUUUAAGAGAAAAAAAUGACUUUUUUCUUUUUUAGUAGCUGUAAAGGGACCUGUUUUACUGGACUACUCUAAGCUACAGGCACACGUAAUCAACAGGGACAAGCCGGAGAAUGCGAAGGGAUCGGAAUCACCACUCCAAUAAAUGCCUUUAGGAAUGUUCCUCAACGUGGCGAUCAUUGUGUGUGAGGAAAAGAGUCUGACUUACGUUUUCGCUUUUCACCUCUCAGCCCGAGUGCUUCUUUCUAACUGUAUUACAAAUGGGCUACAAGGCAGGGGUGUCCCCGCACCCCGGGGAGUUUCAGCCAGCCUUGUGACUGUCCCUGAGGACUUGAACGUGCAGCACUGACGCCCACACCUCCUCCAGGGGGCUUUUGGCUUGUGUGUCUCUUGAGCUUUCUAGAUGGAUAAUCCUGACAGGGCGCUCAAGAGUCUAACGGCAGUGCUUUCUUCAAAUCUCAUCAGAAAUACUGUGCAAAGCAGCGAGACACAGGGCCGCCAGGAAUGUUCUGAGCUCCAGUGCGGUUGCUUUGGAACGGACAAGAGUCCAGCCUGAGGAAGAAGAGCGGUCUCCAGCUCCAUGUCUGGUGUUCGAGGGUUCUGUUUGCGUUUGCUUUUGCUUGCAGCAAAAAGAUGUCCACUGAACACCUGGAAUAGAACUGAUUGUUGAAAAAAAUAAACACACCUUGAUUCCUUCAUUUUCAUUUUUGCAAAGUUUAAACUUCCCUCACCCUGGGUAGGUAAUGACACAAAGUCAAAAUAAUGUCAAUGUUUAGAUGUACUUCACCACAGAAUUGUAACCGCAUGCUCUGUACAGUGUGACUCAUAGGAACAUAAGGUCACUCGAUGGGUCCGUCUUUUCAGGGGGAGUAAAAGGAAGCAUGGUGUUAAACUGUCGUGGAAGUUGGAAUAAAAAGGAGAAGAGCUCAUGAUAUUCUUAAUAUAAUUAGUGCCUUAUGUGUAUUGGUUCUGCAUUGUAAGGAUCUAUUCCCAGUAAGACGAGUAGAACGUUUCCCAAAGUAUGUGCCUCAAACAGUCAUCCCUCCAGAUUUUCUACCGAAAAUGAAAAGGGCACCAUCGUCAAGGAGCAGGGGGGUGCCUUUCACUAUUCCCUCUUUGUCAGGGAUUCACAUGCUUGUUUGCAUGUUAAACACUCCAAGAAGUCGUGUACUAAAGAGACAUGUUACUAUUUUAAAAUCUGCAUUUCAAUAAACAUUUUUGAUCCCUGAA